ACGUCCACCCAUUGUACACGAAUGACGUCCGCCCGAUUGAAUUCUUCAUCAGCGCAGCGCAUUGGUUUGUGUCAAUUGAUGUCGAAGCCAGUGUAUCCACAAUGGAAGGACUGUAACUUAUUUCUGUCGGAAAUUUAUAGUAUUCUUCAUAUAUUUUAGGAUUGUGACAUUGGAUAUAUCCUUAUUUUCACCAUGGGGAAUUGUUUGCGUGGAUUAGGACUCACAAAGAGCGAUAAACAUUAUAAUCCAUCCCCAGCAACGCAGGUAUCUGGAGGUAAUGAUGUCGGGAUGCAGUCAACGUCUGCGCCCGGAGCUCCGGGGUCGCACAUCGUGGUGAACGCACCUCCUCCACAUAGCACAACACACCAACCUUAUAAUAUAGGACCAAGUGCUGGUCCUAGUGGUCGGAAUGAGCCAUCCAAUUUGAAGAGAUAUGUAGCCCUAUUUGACUAUGAAGCGAGGACUCAAGAUGAUUUAGGUUUUAAGAAAGGAGAAGAAUUAGAAGUUCAGAAUGACUCUGGUGAUUGGUGGUUAGCGAGAUCGAGACUCACCGGUUUAGAAGGCUACAUCCCGUGUAAUUAUGUGGCUAAAGUGCAAUCUUUAGAAUCAGAACCAUGGUUCUUCGGUAGUAUAAAGCGUAUGGACGCCGAGAAGAAGUUGCUUCUAGCUCAGAAUGAACACGGAUCAUUCCUUAUACGAGAAAGCGAAAGCAGAGUCGGGGAUUACUCCCUCUCAGUGCGUGAUGGAGACACAAUCAAACACUAUCGCAUCAGACAGCUUGAUGAGGGAGGAUAUUUCAUUGCAAGGAGAUGUACGUUUGCAACCCUGGUUGAACUUGUCCAACAUUAUCAACGGGAUGCCGAUGGUCUGUGUGUAAACCUCAGGAGACCAUGUGUUUUGGUUGAAAAGCCUCAGACACGAGGCCUUUCAUACAACACUGUUGAUCAGUGGGAGAUUCCAAGGAGUUCCUUACAGCUGAAGAGUCUUCGAGGGACAGGACAGUUCGGUGAAGUCUGGGAAGGACUAUGGAACAACACCACACCCGUUGCAAUAAAGACGUUAAAGAAUGGUAAGUGGUAACCGCAUGCCAUAAUUGUAGUUCCACGUGUAGACUUUUAUGUUGUUGACCAAAUGUGUCAUUGAAUGAAAACUAACUAUUAGAGUCAAGAAAGAAGGGAAUGUUCUGGGAUAGUUUCCAACUAUAUCAAAACAAUGUCAAUGAAUUGUAGGAAAUAGAUGGGUUUUUCAUUGAUGUUACAUGUAAGAUGUGAAUUUUGAAAUUUCAGCAAAUUUGGGGUAUUUUUGUUUUUUUCAAUAGCAUUGAAACUUUUUUUUUCAAUAGGUAAUGGCCUAUUCUUGAGGGUUGAACACCGAGAAGCAGUUAGGUACCUCAAGCACCAAAAUUACAUUUUUAAUACCUAAAAUUAUUUGUAAAUGCAUGCAUCUGCCACACAUUUCACUACAUAGAUAUGCUCAUGGGCAACACAAGAUCUGAAAAAUCUUUGUUCAAAUAUCUACCAGGGGCCCGUUUCUCAACACCGUCAUAAGUCUAACUUCUUGACUAAAUCGAAGAUAGUGAGCUACUUGUCCGCUUACCGUUUCACGAAGCCCUCUUUGCCAAGAUCGGGGACAACAACCUGACCAAAUAUUUAUGACACCUCCGAACCUGUCAUAACUUCUUUCGUAAUGACGUAGUGGCAUCACGUGGGUAGACUAUGACAUGCAAAAUUGCCUCAAAAUUUGAAAAUUGUAAUCUUACGUAAUCAUUCAUAGAAGUUGAAAUUACAUUGCAAAACAGGUGUGAUAUAUCAUUUAAUAAUAAUUGUAAUGCACAGAAACUAUAAAAACUGUUGGUAAAACGCAACAAAACCACUCAUUUUGAAAUAGUAAAAUAAUUGAAUCGAUAAAGAUUCUACCACGGCAGGUCAUCCAUAACUGGACUCGUAUUCGUCGUUUUCAAACACUUAUCAACAUUUUUGAUAAAUUCUAUCUCUAAUUUAUGCAAAGAAUUUUUCAAAAUCGUGUGUUUCGGUGUGUAAAAAUUUAAACAUUUAUGUUAAACUAUAUUUUGAUGAUGUUUGGAACCAUAAAUAAACGUAUAAUUAUCAUUAUUUUACAAAGAAAACAAUUGUGGUUUACUUUCGUAAACUAUCAAAAUUUACUAUCCCGGGGAUACCCAUCUCAAUGUCCCCAUGUGAUUUUUUAGUCAUGAAAUGAAUUAUUCAUAAUUUGAUUUUCUCAGCAAUUGAAUGCUCCAGUUUUCAUGGUUUAAGUAUGCAUGGUUCAUAUUUUGCCUCUGCUAUUAUUUUUAUUAGAUGUAUUUCCAAAUUAAUCACAAUAGUUGCAGUUUUAUCACAUUUUUGCUCUUCAAAAAUUAUGCUAUUUUGUGACUAAGGCUACGUCUCGUCUGCUCUUUCUACCGAUAGUAUCGAUAUCAAGGGAUUCUAGUUAGGAAGCCCUCCGUGAAACGGGUUUAGUAAGAUUGGAACUAACUCCGUGGUUGGUGGAUAAAGAUAUGACUAACUUGUCCAGGUGUUGAGAAACGGGCCCCAGAGAGAUAAAGGCAUGAGAUGAAAAUACCUCAAUCCAGUCGGCACUUACAGCUCAUUCUUUUCACUCGCAGUCAAAGUUGACUAUUUGUUGAAACAUAAAAGGAAAACAAAUCUUCACUCAAAUUACAUCAAUUGUUCAACAUUGUGUUGCUUUCAAACCAAUGUAGCAUUCGAUAUGGUUCUCAAAGUCAGAAGACUAUAAAAUCCACUGCCACUUGGCUACAACACUCUACUUUAUUAGAUAAAAUGUUUAGAUGUGGGCUAAAGACAAGGAUUUCACAAGAAGAUUUUGCAAGCUGAAAUACCCCUUCAGAAAGUGGUAUUAUCAAUAUUCAAAUCCUCCAGACUAAUCCAAAUACCAGUUGGCUAUGAUAAAUGUAGAAUUAUGCAGUUACAUCCACCUUUUUCAUUCUUAUACCCCUUUCAUAAACCCAAUAAAACCCAAUUAUGCGGCUAAUAGCAGCAUAAUUUGGUCGUAAAAUUAGAGGAGGACAAGAGUUAUCCGCAUUAUUCUGAUGCUGCUAUUAUCCGCAUAAUAGCGGCAUCGGGACAAGAUUUUGAGUUUAUGAACGUAUUUCCAAAUAAUGCGGAUAAUUGCCAUGGUGCGGUCACAAGGUCACCCUUUUCCAACACAACCGCAUCGGAGGGGGCAUGUCCAGUUGUCAUGACGAUUAUCUGCCUUUUUCAGGACGGGUGCUCGUAAAAAUAAUGCGGAUAAUUUUCGGAGUUUGUGAACGCAAUUUUUAUUGAAUUAUCCGCAUUACUCUUAUGAUGGAUUUUGUAUACUGUUUUGUUGG